AUGACUAUGCGGCCUGAUGGCAUCUAUGACACCCCACCUUGUCCCAUGAAAGCCGAUCCCAAGUGCACCAACCCUACAGACAUCGCUUGCCGCUUGAGUACAAACGCCUGCAGUGGUCUCUGCCACAUCCACUCUUCCUCGGGCGACUGCAUUGCCACUAUCGCUACCCGAACCAGCUUCUUGACCAAGCACCGGGUACUCGCCAAGGAGCGCCUUUCCGCAUUCAUGUCGGCUUCCCGCAACGCACGCCACCGUCAGCCAUACUUGCUCGACGAGAAGCUGGAUGACUAUGUCAUGGUCGACAUCACCGGCGCUCAAUCUUUUACGACCCCUCUCGAUGCCUAUCAUGAGACUAUGGCUUCUCAUAAUGCUUUUGUCGGCGAGAGCGGCAACCUCGGUGCUGUCUACGAGUCGGAUCUCGAGGAAGACGGGGGCAGCGCCGAGGAUACGCUGAUAUGCUCCUAUGUCGAGCACCUCGAGCCCACUACUCCCAACACUUGGACGCCCGAGCUGCCAGACCUUGGAUCAGAUGAUGAGGCGGUCUACCCCCAGUCCGUACAUGCGGACGAGUCCGCCAAGUACGACGAAGACUCCUCCUCAAUUCACACCCAAGAGUCGUCGAGCGACGAGACCUCCGAGCUCCGGCAAAUCGCCACCCAGCUCCCCUUUAUCGAGGAACGCGGAGAUCCCAUCUGUCCCGACUGGCUGAUCCCCCUCAUCGACUACUCCCCCAUCUCUUCCGGCCGUUCCCGCCUCCCUGCUCUCGUCUCUCCCUCUUCGUGCGAGUACUCGGACGACGACGAACCGCCUUUAUCGCCCACCGACAUCUCUGGAGACUCGCCCAGGACUAUGGACAUUGUGCAGAGGAGAUACAGGACGUUGAAGAGACGCAAUGGGGUCAGGAUCGCGUUUCGAUGAGGUGUCUGAUGCUUAUGACUAUGGAGAGGAAUCUGGAGAGGGCAGUCAGGAGGAUGGUCCGGUGGGAUGGGCG